AUGGAGUCUACCACGCAUAAGGUCCCCGUGUUGAUUGCUGGAGCUGGCCCGGCUGGUAUGCUCCUCGCCGUGCAGUUGGCGAGAAAUGGCGUCAGGUCUAUGCUUGUCGAGCGCAAUCUUUCAACUACUAAAUGGCCUAAGAUGGAUGUCACCAACUGCAGGAGUAUGGAGCUCUAUCGACGGAUGGGUAUCGCUGAUGGUUUUCGGGAACAGGGAGUUGGGCAAGACUACUCUUUAGAUGUGUUGUUUAGUACGGGCCUCUCUGAUGGAGGUGAACUAAUUAGCAAAUGGGAUCUUGCCUCACCAAAUGAAUGGAGACGUCGCAUAGAAUCCCAAAAUGAUGGUUCCAUGCCAAGAGAGCCUUAUCAGCGAUGCAGCCAGAGUAUCUUUGAGGCUUGGCUAAAAGAGCAAAUCGACAAAGAACCUCUGAUUUCCUUACAUUUUGGCCUCCAAUUUGAAAGCUUUCAAGAGACCCAAAGCAGCAUUCAAUCAGUUGCUAUCGCUACCACGGACGGUACAAAGCACACCAUUUCUAGUGACUAUCUCGUUGGAUGCGAUGGAGCAGGCAGUAAAGUGCGCAGAUGUCUGGGGAUUGAGAUGGAAGGCGGUCCAACGCCGGUCGCCAUGUUUCUGGUACACUUCAAGUCUCGAGACCUUUCGAAGCUUCAUAAGCAAGGCCAGUUCUGGCACAUCUUCUUCACCACUGGUGCCGUCAUCAUUUCUCAAGAUGAGGUUGAUACUUGGACUGUGCAUCUUCCAAUCUCUUUGGACACGGAUUGGAAAGCACUGGAUCCUGAAACAGUCAUUGCUCAAGUGCUCGGAGGCUCUGGAGACCCUUUGCCCAUCAAGGUGGACGAGAUACUUGUUUCUAGCUGUUGGCGCCCGAGCAUCGCCGUUGCAAAUUCCUUUGCCUCGCCGUCCCUCCGAGUCUUCCUAGCCGGUGACUCAGCGCAUCACAACAUUCCGACUGGGGGCUAUGGCAUGAACACUGCUGUCGGAGAUAGUUUCGACCUCGGUUGGAAGCUCGCUGCCAUUAUCAAUGGCAAUGGUGGAAACCAUCUAUUAAGUUCAUACGAGGUGGAGCGACGGCCUGUGGCCAUUCAGAAUAUUGAACGCUCUGGAGUACAUUUCAAAGUCCAUCAGGACUAUUGUGGCUGGGUUGCAGAAGCUGGUCCCUCUGAGAUUCUCUCAGACUCAGUACAAGUCAAAGAGCUCAAGGAAAGUAUUCAUCGCCAUGUUCAAGAGCACUCGGGUGAGAAUCAAGACCAUGGAAUCGAGAUGGGCUAUAGAUACAAGAAUUCUCCCAUUAUCUUGCUAUCAGAAGACGCGUUGAAAGAGCCCGAGUGGAGCUAUCGCAGCUAUAUCCCAUCAACAUGGCCUGGGGCGCGUGCACCGCAUGUUUUCCUCCAGGAUGGGAAGACCAGCAUAUUCGAUCUUUUCGGACAAGGCUUUACUCUGGUUGACUUUACUAAAGAAGGCGAGUGGGCAGAUAGGUUCAGCCGGUCGGCAAAGCAUCUUGGCUUUCAGCUGAAGCCUGUCCAUCUUCCAGAAGAAGCUCAUGCACGCAAGAUUUGGGGCAGAGACGCUGUGCUCGUGCGCCCUGAUGACCAUGUUGCGUGGAGGUCGCCAGAAACAGGAGUUGCGGAAGAUAUCGAACACGUACUCAAAGUGGCAGCUGGGUACGAGGCCGCAGAAGCCGGUAUGAGGACGGAUACAACUAAAGACGUGAAAGCCAAUGGUUUUACUACCACUGUAGGAAAUGUGCAACACGAUAGCAUUGAGCUUACUGCAGCGUUCCAGAAGUAG